UCCACGUGAAACCUGCCAGCGCCGGGGAGACGUGGGCAGACGACACCCAAGAACCAAAGAAGAUUUUAAGAACGGAUUAUUAUCUGGAUUUUCGCCAUGGCAGCUGCACAGGCUCAGAAUUUUGCAAGAUUUGUUCAAUGGGGAAGGAACGUGGUCGCUGUUGGGAGGAAUUAUAAGGAUCACUGUGCAGAGCUUGGAAAUGCUGUUCCUACUAAACCCCUUCUGUUUAUGAAACCACCAUCUUCAUAUCUUGAGGAAGGAGCUGGACCAAUCCUGCUCCCUCGAGGAUGUACCAAUUGCCACCAUGAAGUGGAGUUAGGGGUGGUGAUAGGAUCUGUUUGCCGUGAUGUGGAGGAAAAGGAUGUGAUGUCGCACAUUGCUGGAUAUGCACUAGCAUUAGACAUGACAGCCAGAGAUUUCCAGGAAGAGGCAAAGAAGAAGGGAAAUCCAUGGACUAUGGCUAAGUGCUUUGACACAGCUCUUCCAGUGUCAAAGUUCCUCUCUAAGCAAGAGCUGGUAGAUCCUAGUAACGUGAACUUGUGGUGUAAGGUUAAUGAUGAGGUGCGUCAGAAUGGCACAACAUCGGAUAUGGUCUUCAGCAUCCCCUAUCUCAUCUCGUACAUCUCCCAGUACUUCACCCUCAAUCCAGGAGAUCUGGUUCUCACAGGGACACCAGCAGGAGUGGGUUCUGUUCAACCUGGUGAUGUCAUAUCAGCGGGCUUAGGUGACCUGCUUACCAUGAAGUUCUCUGUGGCACAGAGGAAGUGAGAACUCCAUAUUACCUUCUCAUUUUCUCUUAGUUUCUGCAUUUCUUUUGUGCAUUUUGGUUUUAUGGUCAGCUAUGAUUUUGUUGUGAUAAGAAUGGUGUAGGUUGGUUUACUGUGUGCAAGUAUAUUAUAUGUUUUUUCUUAGGUGAAAAAUUAAGACUAAACACUGACAAUUAUUAAAUAUAUAGGGGUAAAAACAAACUACAGUUUUGUGUGCAGAUCUUAUACAUCUUUAUACAGAUGUGCAUUCACAUGGGCAGAGGCACAUGUGUACAAACAAACACAUACACAUUUCUUUUAAUUAAUAUUCCAUAUAACCUUAAUUCACAAAUGUGCAGAUGUGCACAUGCAAUAUUCAAACUGUCUGUAUAACUGAAUAGUAAUUUGGAUUAAGAAAUGUCAAGAGGAAUCUUGUACAUAAAAUAUUAUCAUUGCUAUUUUUUCAUAGCAUAUUUUUCAAAUCAUUACUGAAAAUGCUUCUCAGCAGUAAGACAAGUGCAUAUCUUAAUCAGCAUUAUUAUUAUUGUCAUGAUUAUAUCAUCAUGAUAGUUAUAACUAUCAUUCCUGUGAACUUACUGUUAUACAUUUUUAUGCUUCUCAUGUUGGAAUGAGAGAGCAAUGAAGGAAAUUAGUACACUACACAAUUUUAUUUAUAAUUCCAUGUGUAUUAGAUUUGAAUAAUGUGGUUUAUUGUGAAUGGAAUGGGUAUACAUAUCCAAGUAUCUUCUUUUUUGAUGAUUUUAAUAAAGUUUCUUUUAAACUAGAUUCACAGAGUAGGCCCUCUACUUACCUGUUUAGGCAUUUAAAUACUUACACAUGUAUUGUACAUAUUCAAUGUUUUUGAAAGAGAAAUCUAAAUGUAUGUACAACAAGUAUAUUUGAUAAAAGACAAAGUUCAAAGCAGAUAUUUUGAUAUUCUGUCCUUUUUAUUAAUAUUCUGUGGUGAAAAUAGAAUUGUGUUAUCUAUAUAUAUUGACAAUAAAACAAUAAAUCAUAAA